UGAACUAUUUAUUUCAAACUCUACCUCUUGCUGAUGGACAAAGCCUUCUCAAAUACAUCAUUUCUUCUCUGUAACCCCAUAUUUGUUUCCUUGGAAAAUUGCACCAGAUUCUUCAUCAUGUCAUCGUUACCUUCAACCUCAUCAUCUAUUCCUACAAGGAUAUACGAUGUUUUCUUGAGUUUUAGAGGCGAAGAUACCCGCAACAACUUCACAGGUCAUCUCUAUGAUGCUCUAAAACGGAGUGGAAUUGUAACUUUCAGGGAUGAUCCAAAGCUGGACACCGGUGAAGAGAUCGCACCGGAACUCUUCAGAGCCAUCCGACAAUCGUGGUGCUCGGUAAUCGUUUUCUCGGAAACCUAUGUCUUUUCAGGUUGGUGCUUGGAGGAGCUUGCCGAGAUUGUUAAACAAAAGAACGAGACAGGACAUAAAGUAUUCCCAGUUUUCUACAACGUGGAGCCAUCUAGUUUUAGAAAACAGAAAGAGAAAGUUGAAGAAGCUUUUGCCAAACAUGAAGAAAGAUACAAGGAAGAUGAAGACAAGAUCUUAAGGUGGCGAAAUGCAUUGACUCAAGUGGCAAACAUCAAGGGAUGGCAUUUAAAUGACAGGCCCGAAUCAGAAUUUAUUGCAGACAUUGUAAGAAAAAUAUCCGCAAAACUAUGUCAGACGUAUCCAAUUGUUCAUGAUGAGUUGGUUGGAAUUGGUUCACGCUUGGAAGAGUUGUAUUCGAAAAUAGAGAUUGGGGAAGAUGAUGUCCGCGUUAUAGGAAUUUGCGGAAUGGGCGGCAUCGGUAAAACAACUCUCGCAAGAGUUGUUUACGACCAAACGUCUUCUCAUUUUGAAGGUAAAGGCUUCAUCGCUGAUGUUCGAGAAGUUGCAGGGAAAUUCGGACUUGUUUCUCUACAGAAGCAACUUCUUUUCCAGGUCUUGUCUGAUGAAGGUUUCAAUUUUUUCAAUGUUCAUGAAGGGAAUGCCAUAAUUAGCCACAGGCUGUCUCACAAAAAGGUUCUUGUUGUUAUUGAUGAUGUGGACAAUGAACAACACUUGAAAUGCUUGGUUGGAAGGCGUAAUUGGUUCGGAUUAGGAAGCAGAAUCAUUGUAACAACAAGAGAUGAACAUUUGCUCCAAUCUUACCGAGUCGAUGAUGUGUAUAAGCCUACAACAUUGAAUGACAAUGAUGCACUUCGGCUUUUCAAUUUGAAAGCUUUUGAUAGCCAGACAGUACCGGAAAAUGUUUUCAUUGAGCUUUCUAAACAUGUUGCAAAAUAUGCGGGUGGACUUCCUUUAGCUCUUGAAGUUUUGGGUUCAUUUUUGUGUGGUAGAGAUGCAACUCAGUGGAAAAGUGCAAUCGAAAGGCUCGAAAAAGAUUCUAACAAAGAAAUUAUCAACAAGCUUCGAAUCAGCUUUGAUGGAUUGGAAGAAAGGGAGAAGGAUAUAUUUCUAGACAUAGCAUGCUUCUUCAAUGGGGAGGAGAAAGAUUUUGUAAUCAAAGUAUUGGAUGGUUGUGAGUUUUUCCCGGAUAUCGGAGUCGAUGUUCUCAUUAAGAAGUCUCUACUAACAGUUAAUGAAAACAACAAACUGUGGAUGCAUAACCUGCUACAAGAAAUGGGAAGAAAAAUUGUUAGGGAAAAAUGUAUUGAGGAACCCGGAAAACGUUGUAGAUUGUGGGAGGAGAAAGAUGUCUAUCAUGUGCUAGCCAAAAACACUGCUACAGAAGGGAUUGAAGCCAUGAUCAUUGGCAAUGAAAGGGAAUCGAAGAAGAUGCUGAAUUUGAAUGUGGAUGCCUUGUCGAAGAUGAAGAAAUUGAGAUUGCUCAAAGUCCUUUGUCUCUCAAACUGUGAUGACCUCAAAUAUCUUUCUAGUGAGCUACGACUUUUAGAUUGGACAGGAUAUCCUUUAAGAUUCUUGCCUCCAAGCUUCCAACCCGAUAACCUUGUUGCUCUUCUCUUGCCAUACAGUCGCAUCGAACAACUAUGGAAGCGAAACACUCUCUUGUACAAGUUGAAGGUGCUCAACCUCAAAGGGUCUCGAAACCUGAUCAAGACACCAGACUUCACAACCACCACAAAUCUGGAAAUAUUGAUAUUGGAGGGUUGUAUAAAAAUAGUAGAUGUUCAUCCAUCGAUCGGAGUUCUUUCGAGGCUUGAAAUUUUGAACUUAAGAGGCUGCAAAAGUCUUAGGAAUCUUCCAACCAAAGUAGGAGGGUGCAAUUCUCUUAAAAGUCUUGAUGUUUCUGGUUGUUAUAAAGUUGAUAAAUUGCCAGAGGAUUUGCAGCAAGUAGAGUUUCUAGAAGAGCUUGACUUGAGUGGAACAGCCAUUGUAAAACCGCCAUACUUCGUUUUCCGAUUUAAGAAUCUUAAGGUUCUGUCUUUCAAUGGGUGCAAGGGAUCAGCAUCUAAGUUUGGAACAAAUCUACCUCCUCUUUUCCAGGUUUUCCAAAGAGGAAGUAUGGAGUCAUUGCCUCUAAUGUUACAUUCAUUGUCAGGUUUGACAUCAUUAACUAGCUUGAAACUGAAGGACUGCAAUCUUUGCGAAGGAGAUAUUCCCAGUGAUAUUUCUUCUCUAUCCUCUUUGAUAACUCUUGAUCUCAGUGGUAACAAUUUCGUCAUCAUACCUUCAUCUCUUACUCUAUUUUCCAAGCUUCAAUAUCUUGGAUUGUCAAAUUGCAAUAAGCUUAAACAUUUGCCUGUGUUUACAAGUACACAAGGUUUGUUCAUAGAUUGUUGUGCUUCUCUGGAACUUGCUCCAAAUCUAUCAAUGGUAUGCAACUCAGUGAGUUGGGCACGGUUUAGGGGUCUUCACUGCUACAAAUUGGUCAAGAAUAUUGACAUGUUAUUAUUGCUGAGAAGACGACAUCUUAAGCAACACGCAAUUUCAAGAAAAAGGUUUGACGUUGUUAUGCCUGGAAGUGAAAUCCCAAAAUGGUUCAGGCAUCAAACAGUUGGCUCGUUGAUCAAGAUACCACUGCCUAACAAUAUUCGAAAUGAUAGUCAAUGGAUGGGAGUUGUUUUUGCCUGCAUUUUUGUCGACGAUGAUGCUUCGAGGGAUGAGGAACUCACUUGUGAAUUUGUUAUCCAUCAUAGAAAAUCUGGACAAGCGAGUUGUGAUGGAUUUGUUUCUGGGGUUAAAAAUCCUCAGCAUGUCAUAUGGAGAUCCUGGAUUUUUAAUAAAGAAUAUGUCCAACCCAUGAUAAAGGACCACUUUUAUCAUACUUAUUUGCCGCGUGACUUAUUAUAUCCAUUUUACUCCGAGGAUAAAUAUGGUGAAAGUGAAACUGAGGAUUCACUGACAACAGAUUACUCGAAUCAGGUAUUCGAUGAACUUCAAUUGUCAAUAACAUCUGAUGACUGUGCCAAAUGUGUCAAGGUGAAGAAAUGCGGGGUUCGAAUAGUGUAUCAGAAAGACUUGGAAGAUACCAAUGAAGAGACUGCCGCAGAUGAAUCUAUAGCUAAUGGUCCCCUUGUAAAUCGAAAACGUAGUGUCUGUGAAGAGGUAGAGGCUGGGCCACAGCAAAAAAGGAUGGAAAAGUUCUUCAAUUUUGUAAUGGGACGACCAGGGAAGAAACAUUAGUUAUGGUCAUACAUACAUUUACAAUCUUUUACUCAAUGUAUACAUACAUACAUACAAUCUUGCAUUCUGAUUAUCAAUGGACUUUGAAACGCAGGUGCUGUCGAAAGUUGUACGAUUCUCCUUUGAACUCACCGGCUGAAGAAGAGGAGGUUGACACACUAAAGACUCCCCCAGGGGAAAAAGAAAAUGGAGAAGCAGAGAAAGGCAGAAUGAGAUAAGAAAGAGGCAGAGGAGAAAAAUGUGGCUUAUAGAUGACCAAUAAUCGCUUGUUCCUUUUGACUACAAAGAAUUUUCGGUAGUCGACUCUACCAAGGUCACUCGAGGAACCCUUCUAAGAUAUGAAACUUGUAGACAAAGAUGUUUUGGGGAUUAAUAGCUUCUAAAGCCUUCUUCUCUGGUCUCAGCAAUGCCAUCUUCAAAGCUCCAAUGCUUUUCUUUCAUUCAACCCCUGUUGAGAGGAUUCUGACCCGAGUACGAUCGAAUUUCCCGUUGUACCCAUUUAUGUUUCCGAUAUUUUCCUUGGUCCAAUUGAUCUGUUUGAUAUAAGUUAAACCAGCGAAAAAUAUAAUGAGGAAUCUGGAAAAUGUUGCAGAUCUCUAUA